AUGUUCAGGAACGCUCUGCGGCAGUCCAGCCGCUCGGUUGCGGCCGUCCAGGCCACUGGCCGCAUCGCCUCGGUUCGCGCGGCUGUCCCCGGCCCCAUUGCCGGUGCCUCCAAGCAGGUCCGCUCUUACGCCUCUGAGGCCAAGGCCACCCCUACCGAGGUCUCUUCCAUUCUGGAGCAGCGCAUCCGUGGUGUUCAGGAGGAGGCUGGUCUCGCCGAGACCGGUCGUGUUCUGUCGGUCGGUGAUGGUAUCGCCCGUGUCCACGGUAUGACCAACGUCCAGGCUGAGGAGCUGGUUGAGUUCGCUUCCGGCGUUAAGGGUAUGUGCAUGAACUUGGAGGCCGGCCAGGUCGGUGUCGUGCUUUUCGGUUCCGACCGUCUCGUCAAGGAGGGUGAGACUGUCAAGCGUACCGGUGAGAUUGUUGACGUUCCCGCUGGUCCCGAGCUGCUCGGCCGUGUCGUCGACGCUCUUGGUAACCCCAUCGAUGGCAAGGGUCCCAUCAACGCCUCUGAGAAGCGCCGUGCUCAGCUCAAGGCCCCCGGUAUUCUUCCCCGUCAGUCCGUCAACGAGCCCGUGCAGACUGGUAUGAAGUGUGUCGACUCCAUGGUGCCCAUUGGCCGUGGUCAGCGUGAGUUGAUCAUUGGUGACCGUCAGACCGGUAAGACUGCCGUCGCUCUCGACACCAUGCUCAACCAGAAGCGUUGGAACUCUACCGGCAGCGAGGCCGAGAAGCUCUACUGUAUCUACGUUGCCGUUGGUCAGAAGCGUUCCACCGUCGCUCAGCUCGUCAAGACCCUUGAGGAGAACGACGCCAUGAAGUACUCCGUUGUUGUUGCUGCCACCGCCUCCGAGGCCGCCCCCCUGCAGUACAUUGCUCCCUUCACUGGUUGUGCCAUGGGUGAGUGGUUCCGUGACAACGGCCGCCACGCUGUCAUUAUCUACGACGAUCUGUCCAAGCAGGCCGUUGCCUACCGUCAGAUGUCCCUGCUUCUCCGUCGUCCCCCUGGACGUGAGGCCUACCCCGGUGAUGUUUUCUACCUGCACUCUCGUCUGCUCGAGCGUGCCGCCAAGAUGAACAAGACCCACGGUGCUGGUUCCUUGACUGCCCUGCCCAUCAUUGAGACCCAGGGUGGUGACGUUUCUGCUUACAUUCCCACCAACGUCAUUUCCAUUACUGACGGCCAGAUCUUCUUGGAGGCUGAGCUGUUCUACAAGGGUAUCCGUCCCGCCAUUAACGUCGGUCUGUCCGUCUCCCGUGUCGGUUCCGCCGCCCAGGUCAAGGCCAUGAAGCAGGUCGCCGGUUCCCUGAAGCUUUUCCUUGCUCAGUACCGUGAGGUCGCUGCCUUCGCUCAGUUCGGUUCCGAUCUGGAUGCCUCCACCAAGCAGACCCUUGCCCGUGGUGAGCGUCUCACUGAGCUGCUCAAGCAGAAGCAGUACUCCCCCAUGGCCGUUUCCGACAUGGUUCCCCUUAUCUUCGCCGGUGUCAACGGUUUCCUUGACCAGAUUCCCGUCGGCAAGAUCCUCCAGUGGGAGAACGACAUCCUUGCUCACCUCAAGAGCUCCUACCCCGAGAUCCAGCAGACUAUCGACAAGGAGGGCCAGGUUUCCAAGGAGCUUGAGGCUAAGCUCAAGGAGGUCAUCGGUGCCUUCAACAAGUCUUUCAGCGCAUAG